AAUUGUCAUUAAAAAUUGGACGGGAACCUCCUCCUCUCCUCCUCCUCCUCCUCCUCCUCCUCCUCUGCUUAGUCUUCCCCUUCCCUCUUACUAUUAAUACCCUUAACUUAUGAUCAAUCCACAGUUAUUAUUAUUAUUAUUCCUCUUCAUCUUCUUCCUCAAUACCAUAUUUCCUUCUCAUGACACUCACACUGUGAGCAACCAAAUCCCCUCGUCGCCCCCCUCCGUCAACUUCUAGCCCGAGCUAACCAAAGCUAUACACACACACACACACACAUAUAUAUAUAGAGAGAGAGAGAGGGUAGUAGGCUACCUGACGACGACGGUUGAUCUCCUUGAUUAAUACCUAAUUAGUUUCAUAUAUAUAUUAGUUCCUCCAGCUUAUUCUUCUCUUUUAGUUGCUCUCUCUCGCUCUCUCUGUUAUUGUUAUUGUUGUCUUUCCAUAUUACUUGGUUAUAUAUAUAUAUAUAUAACGAAGGAAUAUCAUUCCUCGUCAAUCGGAUUGGACCUCUACAUUAUCUAUGGCCGAUAGACGCCGCCGCAAGCAAGCCAAGACCAGCAGCUGCUGCUCUGAAGAGGUGAGCAGCAUUGAGUGGGAGCUCAUAAACAUGUCGGAGCAAGAAGAAGAUCUCAUUUACAGGAUGUACAAGCUUGUCGGAGACAGGUGGGCGCUUAUAGCGGGUCGGAUUCCUGGUCGGAAGGCAGAGGACAUAGAGAGAUUUUGGAUAAUGAGACACGGCGAAACAUUCGCUAGUCGACGGAAGGAAUUACGUCGGAUCAGGCAUAACUCCUGAGAAAAAAAAAAUCCUGCUCCCCCCACCCCCCAAAAAUACAAAAUAAAAAAAAAAUAAAAAAAACAAAAUCCCUUUAAAUUUGUAUGAAUUAAUGGAUAGGGCAGUGGUGGUGCGCCAGAUCACUUGUUAGUUAAUUAGUAAAAUCAUUUUUGGUGGGCGUGGCACGGAAUGGCAUUCAAAUACGUGCUUUGGUUUCCACCCUCCUCUACAGUCCCUAAUUUCUGUCUUCCAAUGUGUAUUGCUAGCUAGGUAGGUUUUAUACGUACUACGCUGUGACAGCCGCACGAUGUCGUGGAUCGAAAAAAUUCUUUCAUCAAUUUUUAUGAUUUAUGACAAUAGUUUGUGUAUAUUAACAAUAUAAUAUAUAACUAACAAUGAUAAAAUACUUUUGCAAUUGAUAGUAAAUGAUCUAGAAUUUUCAAAAUAUUGUACUAAUUGAUAUUUCAUUCCAUAUAAAAGCAAACAUUUCUCCUGCUAAUCUUAAUUAAAAUUUUCAGUACUUCUAAUUAAAAAAGCAUUAUUGCAGUAAAAUAGGCCUUGCAAUAGGGGUUCGAUAUUCAUUAAAUACAUAUCGUCAUUAUAAUCAAGUCGAUAUUUAAGUGAGAACUAGUCUCAGUUCACAUGCUAGCAUAACCUUACAUUUCACCAAGAAAAUAAGGAUGUUUCUCGUAUUGUCUCAAAUAAAAAAAAAUAUGACUUAAAUUAGUGAUUAAAAAAAAUUACUUAAAUCAAAGAACAACGCAAAAUCUGCUCCUUCACUUUGGGUAGGGAUCGAUGCUACUUUCACACGCACUACAUCUAUAAUAUGCUUUGCCAUGGUCUGCUCUAAUCGCUACUCUCCUCGAAAAAUUCUCACGUUUCUCUCCCUCCAAAUGCUACAAAUGUAUGCAGACCAUGGUAGUCUCUUGAUGACAAUUUCUAAUCUCUUAUGCCUUUUCAACAUAUAUAUAACAAAGCCUCAUGGAACUCCUUAUCCCAAUUAAUCUCCUGCGAGAUUCUUCAUAAUUCGCUCCCAAAUUUGCCAAGCAAAUUAAAGAACGCGAGAAAAAAUAUAUAGGUGGUUCCUGGACUCCUCCUUAACACACGACAAAAUUAGCUGCAUGCAGCUGAUAUCGCCAUCAAGGUAUAUAUCCCCAGUUCUUCAAUAAUCGAUCCAUAAAUAGUUGGCAAUCUGUUUAAAAGCACUAACCAGCAAAUAAAAGACAUUCCAGCUAGGGAUAUGGCCCGGGAACCAAACAGAGCUUCUGCCAAACCACUAUAUAUCUAGGCCGAGAAGACUAUAUAUAUAUAUAUAUAACUAACUUAAAAUGUUUUCUUCUAUAUAUUCCAGAGAAUAGUGUCUUUUGCUGCAAUUUUAAUUGUUAUGGCUGCUUAAGUUUGGACCUGCAAAGCUUGCUCAUAGGGACUUUGCGGCCACACCCGUUGUCUUUCUUUACAAACACAGCUCAUAGGCUUAUUCUUGUGUAUUGAGGGAAAGCAUUUGAGAACUACUGUUCAAAAAUCAAUCAGGGGCCCAGCUUCAAACCACUUAUCGAACCAGAAUGAUAUGCCUGUUCCAUCAUCCCAGUCACCCACUUUUGUAGCUUACAAAAGGUUCGACAAGCUCCCUCAACUUCAAUAUCUUAAUUCUUCCUCCAGCUCCGUGAGCUGCACUGUUACUUUUGUAGCUUACAAAAAGGUUUGACAUCGAUCUCUCUCUAUCACUGUAUAUAAUACAUGUGGAUGCACACGCGCGCGCGCACGCACACAUUAUUCGCACUCUCGCAGGGUUAGAAAGUGUUUGUUCGCCGUCAUGAUUCUCACUUUAUUAUUAUUAUUAUUAUUUUUCGGUGUGUACCCUGGUAUCCAGAGCCCAAUGGGAUUUGAUUAAUCCAGUCGGGAGAUCGAGGAUUAAAGGUUAUUCUCCCUCCCAAUAAGUGCGCUUCUCGGGGUUCGAACUUGUGUUCUCCUCCUUACGGGGGUGAGCUGCUUACCACUCAAUUAACACUUUUGUUAGGUUUAUUAUUAUUAUUAUUAUUAUUGUUCUCUCAUAAUUUAUAGUGUUUAAUAUAUCUGCUCAGUAUAUGCUUUUUCUCUUUACUUAUAUUUGUUCGAGUUAUAAUGUGUUCAUUAUUAUUUAAGCUCGAUGUAUGUUGAGGGAAGAUGAAGACCUUUAGCAAUUGGGCGGGCCCACAAUUAUGCUGAAUGAGUCCAUCGGGCUUUUCAAACUAAAGAGAAAGCCCAUUACUGCUAGUCUCAGAGCAUCGAAGCACCAAGUGGGCCUCAUACGAGCCCGAAAAGUCUUCUCAUUCAAUUUGGGUUUGGUCUGGGACUUGGGAGAGGGAGGGGGAGUAAAAGCCUCCUCUCCUCUCCUCUCCUCUCCACUCCACUAAGAAGGCAAGCGCACUGAGGAGGUGGAUCGCCAUUGAUCGAGAGAGGAGAGCAGAAGGGAAGAAGACGAUAACGAAGACGAAGAGGAGAAGAUGAUACACAGGAAGUGGAGCUUGCUGACUGGACCAACGGCCAUUGUGGGUGGUGUUGUGGCCGCUGUGGUCGUUGCCAACUUCGUAUUUGUCGAAAACAGUCCAUUCCCAAAGAAGGAGCAUAAGAAGCAUGAUGGACCAUCAUCAAGCAAGUAAUGGGAAGGGGAGCUCGUGAUUUCCUGUCAUCUAGUCCUCGAUUCCUUGUUUGUUUGUUGAGAUGUGCUGCUAACGUCGAGUUUUGAGCUGGGGCAUGGAAUAAUUUGAGGAUGGAUCCUCAUUGGAUUUUACUAAGUGCAUACAGAUUUGUCACCUAAUGUUACAGGUUGGAACAGGUUUCCUUUUGAGAAUGAAAUUGCAAGGUUAAUGUAGCCGCACUGCAACUGUGGGCCGUUGUAGCUUCUCUUUUCCGACAUAUUAUGUGACAUCUGCCUGAACAAUUAGCUUUAUUGGUGAAUCCUCUUAUCUUAUCAUUG